GUUUGGCGCGCGGGACUGCACAAGGCACACCAGCACAGAGCUACCCGACUUGUGACUGUUGUCAUCGCACCAUAGUGGCUGUAACGUUUUUACCAUUUAACAGUUAGUUUAUUAACUCAAUAACAAGGUGCCAACAUGUGGAAUCAGGGUGAGUCGACUAUGGUCGGAGGUUACACUCAGUCUCCAGGAGGCUUUGCAUCUCCUGCCCCAUCCCAGGGAGGAGAGAAGAAAGGGAGAACCCGUGCCACACAGAUAAUCCCAUGCACAGUCUCGCAGCUGAUGUCUGCUUCCCAGGCAGACGAGGCCUUCAGAGUAGGAGAUGUGGAAGUUGCCCAGGUCACCAUCGUGGGUAUCAUCAGGAGCACUGACAAAUCCAUGACCAACAUCCAGUACAAGGUCGAUGACAUGACAGGUGCUCCCAUGGAUGUGAAGCAGUGGGUUGACACUGAGGACCCCAGUGUGGACAGCUCUGUCUUGCCUCCAGGAACGUACGUCAAAGUUUCAGGCAAUCUGCGCUCCUUUCAGAACCACAGGUCUGUCGUGGCGUUCGGCGUCAGGCCGCUGGAGGACAUGAAUGAAAUCACCUCACACAUGCUGGAGGUUGUCCAAGCACACAUGGCUCUCAGCAAACCUCAAAGCACGUCAGUUUCUGGUGCUGGAGGAGGAGUGAGCAGUAACAUCACACCCGCAUCACGGCCUGUCAUGGAAAGCACGGGAGGGAGUUAUGCAGGCGCUAACAACAUGGUUAACAAUGGGUUAAGCGCAAACCAGAAUCAGGUGCUGAGUUUGAUAAGAAGCUGCCCAGACCCACAGGGAAUCAGCAUUCAGGACCUGAAGCAGAGACUCAGUGGUAUAAGCCUGGGUGUCAUCAAGCAAGCAGUGGAGUUCCUAAGCAAUGAAGGUCACAUCUUUUCCACCAUCGACGAAGACCAUUACAAAUCAACAGACAAUGAUGAAUAGACACCUUCACCUUCUUAGCACUAGUGGGUUUACUUAUGUGAAUUUAACCUGAUAAAAGUCAUUAGUAUAGGUUUUAUAACUGAAAUCUAUCAAGUAAAUCACUAUCCCUCUGACCUCAUUAAUGCCAGAGAACUGAGUGAAAUAAGCCCUCCUCUGUUAAGGUAUUGUGGUGGUUGUUAGUUGAUAAAAAAAAAAAACAUGAUUUAUAUUUAGUGAGACCUUUACACCUCCUGUAUUCCUCAAGUUACUUCUGCUAUUUGUAAGUCCCGGGGGUUUUGCUGUUUAAGAAGCUGUUAUAUACUAUUCUGAAUUCCUCAUCUCCAUUGUAAAGCAUUUUGUAAUUUUAAAGACUUGGAACAUAAGCACUCAGUUUUUCUAUGUAACAUACUAAUGCCAAAAUUAAAAGAUUAUACAAAAUA